CUAAGUUCUGCCUUGAUGUAUUGAUUUCAGAACAGAACCAAACAGACCCACCCCUCCCUGAGAUCCAAUCAGCACAUGGUUUUGUAUUUAUUUGAUCCCCAAAAAAUUGAAAGAUAUGACUUUGUACUGUCUCUGGCCUUGUGAGUAUAUAACUAGCCCACUUCCAUUUGCUUUGCACUCAACACAGCAAUACCCUUCUAGACUUUUAAAAUCAAAGUCUCCCUUCUUUGCUUCAUCAAAGCUCUCUAUAAUUUACCCAGUAAAUAAGAAUGAUCAAUCCCAAGAAACUCGUCAAGAUGGCAAGGGAGUGGCAGAAGGUAGCCGCCAUCAGGAGGAAGAGAAUUUCUCUACCAAGAACCCGUCAGUAUUUGGGUGCUGGCCAUUGUAGUACAUCAUCAGUUGCUGAUAAGGGCCAUUUUGUUGUCUACACAGCUGACCAACGACGAUUCAUGAUUCCAUUAGUUUAUCUCAACAGUGAGAUCUUCAGAGAGCUCUUUGAGAUGUCUGAAGAGGAGUUUGGGCUGCCAAGUGACGGACCUAUCACACUUCCUUGUGACUCAUUCUUCAUGGAGUACAUCCUCUUUUUGGUCCAGAGAGGUGUAGCUAAAAAUCUGGAGAAAGCUUUGCUUACCUCAGUUGCUUACACUCAGUCCUCAUCUUCUAUCUUUUCCCAACGAGAACAGAUGAACUCGAGAUUACUUGUUUGUAGUUACUGAAUUAAUGAUAGGUAGAUUUUUCAAGUGAUCAACACAAUUUUCUGCUUUAUGCAUAAACCUUGUAAACAAUUGGUGGAAUUUUCCUCAUUUGUAUAUUAGUACUACACAUUUCUGUAUUGAAA